GAGAAAACUUGGCUCGUGUGUAGAGUGUAGCCGUGUUUCAGAGCAGAGUGUAUAAAGUGACAGGCCAGCCCUAGAGCCGCUGCUGCUCAGUGCGGAGCUGCUGCAACAAUACGCAGCUGCUGCUUGUUCUGCCGCUGGCGCACUACACCAGGUGCACACGGGGGCUGGGGCUGCGCUCGUCGCUUUUUCCGGAAGAGAAAGGCUGAAACAUGGGACUUUUGACAGGUCCAGUGCUGACCGCGGAAUACGCACAGGGCGAGCCCGUGUGAAGACGUCCAGCGGACAGACAGCACCGCAGCGAGCGCACAGCAUCCUGCGGGACACCCCCCUGGAUCCGAUUCACUGGAAAAGAACCACACUCACCCGUGCAGCCAUCUGGUGGCUCCCUCGCCUCAGACUGGCCCAGUUCACGUUGAUGCUCGUCCCUCCUCUUCCUCCCUCUUCCUCCCUCUCACCAUGGCGAUGAGCGGCGAGCCUGUGUGCGCGAGGUCCUCUGCUGACCUGGAGGAGCAGAGCGGCAGCCUGGCAGACACCCUCUCUGCCAUGACCACCAAGGACACGAGCAGCAGCAGCAAUGGGGUGAAGAACGGAGGAGGCACCCAGAGCAAGAGGACCCAGCCCGCACGACCUCACCUCAGCGGCCGGAAGCUGUCCCUGCAGGAGAGGGGCACGUACCACCCUCCUCACACCUCCCCCCGAGUGGCCCGCAGACCCACUGUGGAGUCCAAGAGAGUGUCCAUAUCAGACGCACAGGACUGCAUCCAGCUCAACCAGUACAAGCUCAAGAGUGAGAUCGGAAAGGGUUCCUACGGUGUGGUCAAACUCGCCUACAACGAAGAUGAUGACAAACAUUAUGCAAUGAAGCUGGUGUCCAAGAAGAGACUCAUGAAACAGUGUGGAUUUCCUCGUCGACCGCCUCCACGAGGACCCAAGGCAGCCCAGGGAGAACAGCCCAAGAUCUUAGGACCCCUGGAGCGGGUUUAUCAAGAGAUUGCCAUUCUAAAAAAGCUGGACCAUGUCAACAUUGUCAAACUGGUGGAGGUACUGGAUGACCCCGCAGAGGACAACCUUCACAUGGUGUUUGAGCUGAUGCGGAAGGGUCCAGUGAUGGAAGUGCCCACAGACAAGCCUCUGUCUGAAGAACAGGCCCGUCAGUAUUUCAGAGAUGUCAUCCUUGGUAUCGAGUACUUGCACUACCAGAAGAUUGUCCAUCGUGACAUCAAGCCUUCUAACUUACUGCUGGGAGAUGACGGUCACGUGAAGAUCGCAGACUUCGGCGUGAGCAACCAGUUCGAGGGAAACGAUGCCUUACUCUCUGGCACCGCGGGCACUCCGGCCUUCAUGGCACCAGAGACACUGUCGGACCAACGCAAGAGCUUCAGCGGAAAAGCGCUAGACGUAUGGGCCAUGGGAGUCACGCUGUACUGUUUUGUCUUUGGAAAGUGCCCGUUUAUUGAUGACUACAUAUUGGCUUUGCACAAUAAGAUAAGGACCAAGCCUGUGGAGUUCCCAGAAUCACCUGAAGUGAGUGAGGAACUGCGGACUCUGAUCUUGCGCAUGUUGGACAAGAAUCCUGACACCAGAAUCACUCUUCCUGAGAUCAAGAUGGACCAGUGGGUGACCCGCGGUGGUGCCGACCCUCUGCCGUUGGAGGAGGAGCACUGUACUGUGGUGGAGGUGACUGAAGAGGACAUCCAGAACUCUGUCAAGUUUGUGCCCACCCUGUCUGCAGUGAUUUUGGUAAAAGCGAUGCUGAGAAAGCGCUCCUUCAGUAAUCCAUUUGAGUGUCCGAGCAGGCGGGAGGAGAGGUCGAUGUCGGCACCUGGCAGCCUCCUCAUAAAGACCAGUACAGGAGACAGUCCUCGAGAAGGUGAGCUGGAGGACCUCCAUGAGGAUGAGCCUUCAUCAUGAGAACCUUCAUCAUCAUGAGCCUUAAUGCACUGAGCGACCAGGCCUGACUCUGCUUCCCCUUUAAAACCUGUUGCUCAUACCACUGUGCAUUCAUCGACACAUUAAAACAUCUUGUGCUGGCAUUUAUUAUUUCACUCAACCUUUGUGAACUCUACAUCACGACAUCCUGAGGUCUUAUCACUGUCUACGUCUUCAAUAUCAAGAUGGCUGUUUGCAUGCUUCCUGUUUGUUCUGAAAAUACAAAACUUGGUUCAGAAUAUGUUGCCUCUACAGAUGUUUUUGAACCUUAAGAAUUGCAAACACUUUAUUAUCUUCAAUGAAAUACAGGGCUUUACUUUGCUUUUUGAUAUUGUACAUAGGUGUCCUGUAAAUUAUCAAUGUUGUUGUUCCUUUUGUUGCAAAUGUGCCAUUCUUAGAGACAUGUAAAUUAUUAAAACAACUCAAAUUAAAUGAAGCAGGGAAAGAUUAAGAUGUCAAUCACACUUUUUUAUUAUUUUUAUGUCUUUUUUGUGAACUUAAUUCUAAAAUUAUCUACAGCAUAUUUCAAAACCAUAACCGUAUCUUAUACCUGACCAGUUAAUUCAUUUAAGAGGUGACACACACAGCAAGAUUCAAAAGAGAACACAUGCAUAGGACAGGUUUUCAUGUUUUUCUAAUUCUGACUUGGUUUGGUGGGAUAGUACCUGUAGUGAAUAUUGAUAGUUGAUAGUUUUACAUCAGUUAAGUGUCAGUUUGCGGAAAAGAUGAGCAGAAAAGUACUAAAAAUACAGGAAGUAGUGGUGAGUAGUAAAAUGUGUAUUGGUCUAAUGAUAACAAUUGUAAAAACCAAACCAAAUAAGUAGCUUGGCGGGAUAUUUCAACUGAUAUUUCAAUGCGGUUGGCACUGAUUGUAGUAAUUGGGUAUUUUAGGUUUUGUUUUCUUUGGUCCUUCAAAAUUUUAGUUGUGUAGAGCUUUAUGUUUCUUACAAAAAAUAUAUACAUUUAUUUCAAUUUGUCUGAAUACAGAAUUAUAAAUGAGACAAACAAAAGAUCGACCACUGACAGGCCUUUAAAUUUAAUAUUGUUUAUCUAUUUUGGCACAAUUCUUCCAGGGUAGAGUAAGCCAAAAUUGUUCUGAAAAGAGUAACAUUACUUCAAAACAAUAUUACUCAAGUAGAAGUACAAAGUAGUGGUCCAAAUACUGUCUGGAUGUAACCGCUUUUGUCAAUUGUAGAGGUAUUCAUAGUGGGAAAACCAAAACUUUACGGUUACACUGUAAAUAUAUUAGUCUAGUAACAUUGAAAGUAUGGUGUCUGGAAACUAUUACAAAAAGUACUCAUUUUUCAAAUUAGUAACUAAGUACUCCCCACCUCUGAAUUCUCCAGUAUGAACAUGGCUGCUUAUUGUCACGUUAAUAUUAUGGCAGAUGAGUUGCGGUUUUUAAUUUUGCGUAUUGAGCACCAUAAUCUUUUGAUGCUCAGUGAAAAAAAGCAUUUAAAUGUCACUGUGAUCAGGGCUGCAGCUGCAACAAUAUAAAACAUAGACACUUACUCCAGUGCUGUUCCCAGUGUGGCUGAUUAGAAACUGGGAACUGCCUCGCUCUGCGUUUCCUCCAUCAAUCUUCCACUCGCUCUGCUCCAGCGAGUGGUGCCAAUAGCAGCACAGAGGACGCAGAGGGUUAUGUGUGAAUAGAUAAAUGAGAAGACACUUUGCAUAGAGAUAUUGAGCCUCCAUUUUGAGAGCUUUAUGAUCCUGCACAUUUGCAUACUAUCAAAUAUAAUAGAGAAUGUUUAACUCAAGGUGGGAAGAAUGUAAAGAUUCCUGUUUUGUAAAUAUCUAUGCUUUGUGUAUGUUUUGGGCUUUUUUGGGUUUGUUAUAUUUAUUAUUUUAUUUUGUUUGUUUUUUUAUAUGAAGAGAAGAAGGAUGUAAUGUAAUCCUUGUUAUGUGUGAGAUAACUAAAUGAAGGGCUUUUAAAACCAAAAAUGGUAAAUAUUGGAGAGAUGCCUGUGUGGUUUUUAAAUCAUUUAUUUAUUUAUUUUUUUCGUAAUGCCACUUGCUUUGACUUUGAGUUUAUCUGUAUAUACACUACCAGUCAAAAGUUUGAACGCACCCUCUUAUUCAGUGUUUUGUUUUGGGUAUUUUAAGUUAAUUUUUAAUACUUUCUACAUUUUAGAUACAUAUGAAAUUGACAUUACUUAUAUAUGAAGACAUCUGAAAUAGUAGUAGUAAAGAAAAAAGUAUAACUGUACUAAAUAUUUUUCAGCAAAGCAAAGUACUACUAUACUUUGAGGAUUUGAAUAUAAAAUAUGUAUGAAAUAUUUUGUAGUUAUUUAAUGUUUUGUUUUGUUGUUUUUUUUUGCUACAUCAUUCUGUAAAUCUUACUUCAUAUAUUUGUUGUCAUCUGUAUGUAUAUAAAAUGUAGAAAGUAGUGAAAAAAAAACAAACACUGAUUGAAAUGGCAUGUCCAAACUUUUGACUUGUAGUGAACAUGUGCAAUAUGAUGCAUUAUGGGUUCAUUCCAUUUUUAAAAGUGAUAAAGGUGAACUACAGCUUCAAAUGUACAUUGUUUAUAAUUGUAAAUAUAUGUAGUUUAAUUUCAAGUCCGAUUGCCUGCCAAGACCUUGUAAACUGUGUCUGAAUGUGUAUUGUUAGCUGGCCUGGCUCUUUGUUUUGACUCUGUGGUGUGUAACUGCAUGUUGCCGAAUAUGAAUGAUGUUUUCAUACUGAAGCCAGAGACGAUAAACUGUGGUGCACUCCUGCUCCGGCUGCUUAGGGUUUUACAUAAUCCUUUCUUUGCAUUUCCAUAAAACACCUGGGGACUGUUACAGCAUCCUGAUUUGGAGUCAUAUAAUAUAAACGGAACAUGCCAAAAAAAAAAAAAAGAACUGAUAAAUUUCCGUGAAUGGGAACAGCCAGUACUAUGUGUUUUAUUCGUUUGGUUGAGAUGUAGAUUAUUCUCAUGGUUUAUGAAGCACUUUAUAUUGAUUGUUUACAUGUUGUACUUAUUUAAAAUGAGUUUCACUUUAGCUUUUCACAUACUGUUCUGUAUAUUUUGGUCAGUGUCAUAUAUGGUAAACAAACUUGAAUAUCUCAGCCCGUACAAGUGAAGCAUUUAUAGAUUUUAUAUAACAUGUUUCAGUUAAUAAAACACUUGGAGAGGUCACAGUGUAAUCCUCUCUGUGUCUGUCUCCAAGUGUCAAAUGAGGACAACUACUGUUUCAGGAUUUGCUUCAGUUCCUCUGAUCUUGAGACGAUUUAAAACACAAUAGUCUAACACAAACGAGUAAUACAUCACUAUCGAUAGCCUGUGAAAUAGUGCAAAAUGGUUUGGACUAGACUUGGAGCUAAACCUGGACGAGAACUGGACCAAACCUGGACCAAACCUGGACCAAACCUGGACCAAACCUGGACCAAACCUGGACCAGACCUGUGAUAUAUCAGGACUAAACUGGGCUAAAAAACAUAACCAAACAAGGACCCCUUAGUGCGACGAAUAACUGACCUUGCAACUAAUAAAAUACCAAACGAAUCGUCAUAAUAAAAGGUGAGUCACGUAUGUUGCCAGCCUUGAAUAAAACCUUUUCUUUUUUUAAAUAAUCUCUUUUGUUGUUGUAUUCAUUAUCAGGGAGUGUGCAUUAAAAUGUGAAUGUCUCCGGCGCCUGUCUGAUGUCAUUGUCUCGUGCACUUUUCUGAAUGUGCUCAUCUGUCUCUGCUCCAGCACGGCACAUGCUUAUGGAAUGCAUUGUAAAUAUGUACCAAUAUCCGAAGGAGGCUAUUUUUUGCAUGCUUUUGUACACUAGGCAAAAUAAAACAUAGCAAAA